AUACACAUCCAAAAAAACAGCUGAUGAAAAUAAUUCUUGUUGUGAUUUCUCAUCUGUGGAGAUGUUUAUUGUUUAUCGUUUAUUACAAGGAACUUUUCAUUCGGACGUAAUAGUGCAACUUUAAUUCAUAAAUUGAUUUGAAAUGGCCACAGACAACAUCGAAGCCUCACCUAUGGAAUAUAACGAAGAUCCUCCAAAAGAUGUGGAAAUGUUAAAAUUGCCCAUAGAAAUUAUCAAGAACAUUUUACUGUAUGUUGAUGACCACUCCCGACCUAAUGCCGCUCUAGUGUGUCGCACAUUUUAUGAAUUGAUUUGUGAAUUGGACCGAGACAAAAAUCCUUUAGAUCUGCUAUAUAGUGAGAUCUAUGAUGAUGACAUUUACAAAUCGCUGAUUAACUCUGGAAGACAAUUUAGUGAAUUGUUCGUCAAUUUGAAGGGUUGUCACUACCUGCACAGCAGCGAUAGAAUUGUGUCCAUAGCCAAGAACUUUGGCAGUCGCAUUAAAAAAGUAAAAUUUUGGUGUUCUCUUCAAGCGGAGACACCCAAAGUAACUGAUUUGGAUUUGAUGACAGUGUUAAAGUUCCUUCCGGACGUGGAAGAGAUAAUUUUAUUCAACAUUUACGUUUGUUCGGACUGCCAUCGUUCACCGAAAAGCGAACUGGAUUUGUACAAGUUAAAGAGAUUGGAUCUGAAUUUUUGCUCAUUCGACAAUACGUUGCUUCUGGAUCUCAUUCCGACGAAUGUGCUAACCGAUUUGGUGUUUACGUUCGACUCACUCGAUGAGACAAUUUAUCAGAAUUUCUUCAAUCGUCAAGGAAACAUCAAGAAACUGGAAAUUUUCGAAAAUGACAAAAUAAAUUUCGACCAUCUGGAACUGGAACACUUAAAGAUCAGCUCAGGCAUGGAUUUUGUAGUAAUGUUAAACCAACAGAGGACACUGAAGUACAUCGAUUUUGCUAUAAGUUGGAUUGAUGGAAAAGUGUUUGCGGCAGUACUGCAGUUGAAGGAUCUGGAAGUACUUCGAACACUCGUCGAUCAGGUGCCGUGUGUAUUGUUCAAGGAACUGAAACAACUGAAGCAUCUCAAGGAGCUUCGAAUCGAUUCACAUUGUUCGUUCGACUGUGGUCAUCUGCUUACGCUGAGUAUGAUGAACGAUAUGAAUUUAGAAAAAUUGACCCUAUACUAUGUGCAGCGAGACAUACCACCGGAAAUUUUCAUUCAAAUUAGCAAAAACUUCCUGAAACUGAGGCACAUCCAAAUAGUCAAUCGUUCCAUUCAGAAUCUUAUCACAAUAGCUCAACAUUUUCCGAACAUGGAGUCGAUACUCUGGGACUUUUCCGGAAUGUUUUACUCACCUGACAUACUGCAAAUCGAUGAUUAUAGCCACAGACACGAAAAUCUAACACAAAUCGUUAUAACCAAUCUUAACACAACGGAUGUUCAGAACACCCAGCCUCUGCUCAAAUUUUGUAAUUCUUGUCCGAAUUUAGAGAGAAUUUUUCUAUCAAAUUUGUCGGGACUGAGCUUAAGUGAAUUCGAAGAGCUUUUUACGCAGCAUCGAAAGUUAACCCAUCUGAGCCUGGAAGUUGAUUCGUUUGAAUUCGAUUACUUGGAUAUUGUUCUUGUGUCGAAGCUUAUAUCCGAUUUACAUCAUUUUCGUGCGAGUAAAUUGCUAUCUUGUCCCACGUACUCCGUGCUAAAAUGUUUGUUUAGAGAUUUCUUUCCAAAAAUCACACUGUACAAAUAUAGUACAGGUGAAGCAGAAUUGAUUAUGAAAAGGAGAAGAGCUGUGGAUUGGUAUUCGAGCUUUAACAUCAGAGAUCAUUUUUGAAAUUGUUUUUUUACAGAAGAAGAGAAAA